CGGCGAAUAUCAAAUUGCAGUACGGCACACGUCUGCGACCUGUGCCUUCUCGGAACCCGUCCUCGCGCUAGACCACCUGCUACACGACCCGCCCUCGCGCCUGCCGCUUCCAGUACCAAUCCGCAACCAUGCAGAUGCCGGAUAUGCCCGUCAAUGUGCCCGUGGACGACCCCAACGCGGAUACAGAAUGGAAUGACAUCCUCCGCAAGCACGGCGUUAUUCCCGAGAAGCCUCCGUCGCCGACGCCUAUGAUCCAGGAAGCCCUCGAGGAGGCACGCAGACUAGCACAUGAGAACAGACUGGAGGGGAAGGAUCUGGACGAGCUUGCGGAGCUUGAGGAUGAUGAGGACGACGACUUCCUCGAGCACUACCGGAACAAGCGUAUGCAAGAGCUAUCGACGAUUAAUGCUGCUUCCGUGUACAACCAGGUCUAUCAUCUUCAAAAGCCUGACUACUCGCGAGACGUCACUGAGGCCUCCAGCAAGGCCUACAUAUUGGUGCUCCUGACUUCGUCUCAUGGCACCAACGGCGAGUCUCGAAUCAUGAUCGACAUCUGGCGGGAGCUUGCGCAGCGCUUUGGCGACGUCAAGUUCUGUCAGAUGCGUGCGGACCUAUGCAUCGAGGGCUACCCCGAGAAAAACACUCCGACGGUACUCAUCUACAAGGACGGUGACAUCAAAAGGCAGCUGGUGACGUUGCGUGAGCUGCGUGGGACACGCACCAAUGCACAAGAUGUGGAACAAUUAUUGGUGGAUAUUGGCGCAGUGCGCAUUGGGGAUGCACGUCUGCGGCGCAAUAAGGCUGAUGCUGAUGCCGACGCUAGUACGAGCAAGAUACGCCAAUCAGCUGUGGACCCGGACGACAGCGACUGGGACUGAGGCAGUCAUACGGCGUCCACAGCUUC